AUGGCGGGCGCCGUUUUUUCCUCCCAGCGAGGCGCGCCGAAGGGUCUGGCCAGAUUUGCCCGCUUCGAUGUGCCCCUCCUGCGGGCGGCCGAAUAUCGCGGCCACGAGGUCGAUCUUCUGCUGCUUGCAUGGGCCCUGCUGCUCUAUCGCUAUAGCAAUGGAAACCCUGUCGAAUUUACUUGGGGACGGAAUGGCACUGCUGCUGAUUUCACGUUCAACUGCGGUACCUCGAACCUGAACUGGGACGUGACCCUUACCAUCGAAAAGGCCCUGGAGGGGUUGCGAUCAUACCGAGAACAGAUUCAAGCCGAUAAAUUGAUCGAUCUUGAUAAUGCAAUUGUGUUCUUCAACGAUGAAUGCGCCCCGGCCGAUCUUCCAAGCAAUGCUUGGGUCAGCGAUGGCGAUGCGCUUGGUGGUGGAAUGGCUUGGGGAAAUAUCCAACUCCAAGCAACCAUCUCAGAUGGUAGUCUGUGGCUGCGACCCUGCUGGCGCGAGCCACUCGGCGCAGAGUACCUUGCGACACACUAUGCGAACGCCCUGGUCGAAAUCCUCAACACACUCAUCUCCGAUCUAUCAAAACCUAUCUCCUCUGUAUUAGAGCUGAGCGAGACCGACCGAUCCGAAUUGUGGCGUUGGAACAAGGAUGUGCCUGCCACGGAGGACGUCUGUGUCCAAGACUUAAUAUUCGAACAAGUGGAGAAGCAGCCAACAGCUCAAGCGAUCUGCUCGUGGGACGGCAAUCUCACCUACGAGGAGAUCGGCCGAUAUUCAACUUUACUCGCCCACCACCUUGUCCGAAUAGGAAUCAAGACUGGCCAGAUUGUCCCCAUCUGCUUUGAAAAGUCGCGCUGGACAAUUGUCGCAGUGCUCGGUGUCUUGAGAGCCGGUGGCGCCAUGGUGCUGAUGGAUCCCAGCCAACCCUUAGACAGACGCCACACAAUUGCCGAGCAGGUUGGCGCAACCUUAAUUGUGACAUCUCAGACACAUGCGCCCUUUGCUCCCAAGAUCGCGCCGAGUGCCAAGGCAGUUGUCGUCUCCCAGGACACGCUGGACGAGCUGGCAGAACAGGCGACCAAGACUGCCAAGCCUGAACUCCCAGUAGUUCCUACUGACUCUAUUCUCUACUUAAUCUUUACUUCUGGAAGUACAGGUAAGCCCAAGGGUGUCAUUAUCAAUCACCGUACCUACACCACGAGUGCGAUUGCGCGAAGUGCCGCCGUAGGCUAUACUGCGGAAUCGCGAGUGCUUGAUUUCGCUUCAUAUGCAUUUGAUGUCAGUGUUGAUAGUAUGCUUUGCACAACGCUGCGUGGCGGCUGCCUGUGUAUUCCCUCUGAUGAAGAUCGCCUAAAUGAUCUCAGUGGCGUGAUUCGCCGCAUGGGAGUCACCAUGUCCAACAUGACCCCCUCAGUCGCACGCAUUCUAGACUCCGACAUCAUUCCGUCUUUGGAUAGUCUUGGUCUUGGUGGCGAGUCAUGCUCUGUCGGAGAUGUGUCUGAAUGGGGUCAAUAUACGAGAAUUGUCAUCGGAUAUGGUCCUUCAGAGUGCACGGUUGGGUGCACGAUCAACUCUAGUGCAGCAGGUAAACCAUAUGUCAGCAUUGGCCCUGGUAAUGGAGGCAUCAUUUGGUUAACAGACCCUGACGACCACAACAAACUGACGCCAAUUGGUGGUGUUGGAGAAUUAUUAGUCGAAGGGCCUAUUGUCGGUCAGGGUUAUCUUGGUGAUCCUGAGAAGACUGCUGCCUCGUUUAUCGAGGACCCCACAUGGCUUCUUGCCGGUAGCAAAGAAGUCCCGGGACGCAAAGGCCGAUUGUAUAAGACAGGUGAUCUAGUUCGUCACGAUCCAGAUGGUGAACAAGGGUUUGUCUUUGUUGGCCGAAAGGACACACAGGUCAAACUUCGUGGACAGCGCGUUGAGCUCGGUGAAAUUGAACAUCACCUACGACGACUUCUCCCAUCCGGGACCGAUGUGGUCGCAGAGGUCAUUGCACCACAGGGUCGAAGCAAGGAGUCAAUGCUUCUUGCCUUCGUUGCAGAUCCCAAUGCCGAGAAGCCUCAAGAUGCUAAGGAUACUGAACUUUAUCAGGUCGAGUUCUCUUCCGCCAUUCGCGAGAAGAUGACUGAUCUCAGCGAUCAGCUCUCUAAAGCUCUCCCGAUCUACAUGGUUCCCUCAACAUAUAUUGGUAUCAAUCGUAUGCCGAUGCUUGUUUCGGGCAAGAUCGAUCGCAAGUUGUUGCGCGCGUUUGGAUCCCAAUUAACUCUGCAAUCCAACUCCGAAGCCUCCGGUGGGGAGAGCCAGAAGCCUACCUCGGAGACAGAAAUAAGCUUACAUGAAAUUUGGUGUCGUCUUCUGGGGUUAAAGCCGGACGAAGUUAGCACCACUCACAAUUUCUUCAUCCUAGGCGGAGACUCUGUCCUGGCUAUGAAAUUGGUGCCCGCAGUUCGUGAGCGAGGAUUCGUCUUGACUGUGGCGGAUAUCUUCAGCUUCCCUGUCCUGUCAGACAUGGCACGAGCAAUGGAGAAGGAAGAGGAAAACUCGCAGGUCGAAGUUUCUCCAUUUUCUCUCAUCGACUCUGCCUGGGACCGCAAGGCUGCUUGUGACGAGGCCACUAGCCAAUGUGGCGUUGAUCUCUCUUCGAUCGAAGAUAUAUACCCCUGCACGCCUCUGCAGGAAAUUCUCAUGGCGUUUUCCGCACGUUCCGCUGAGAGCUAUGUCGCUCAACGCAUUGCGGAAAUUCCUAAUGUGGAGACGGCGGAUAAGUUGAAGGAGGCUUGGAAUAUUGUCAUCAAGGAGAGCGCGAUCCUGCGCACGCGGGUCGUCGAGUUCAAGGAGCACGGCUUCAUGCAAGUCGUUAUUAAGGAUACCCCGGAGUGGCAGUCUAGUAACCAGAGUCUUGAGGAGUUCCUGGCGGACGACCAAAAGACCCCGAUGUCUGUCAACAUGCCGCUAAGCCGUGUCUCAAUCGUCCACGACGAUGCUGCAAGCAAGAUUUAUUUCGUCUGGACAGUUCACCACGCCAUCUACGACGGCUGGUCGACAGACUUGAUGAUCGAGCAUGCAAAGAACGCCUACAAGGGUGUCCCUACUCCCCGACCAGCCGAGUUCAAGCACUUCAUUCAAUUCCUCGUCGAUCCUGCGAGAGAAAGCUCAAAGGACUACUGGCGCGUCCAGCUUCAAGGCGCAACCGGUCCCCAAUAUCCCUCCCUGCCAUCGCGCAUGUACAUCCCCGAACCCAAUGCUCUGGUCCAGCGAAUUGUUCCCGUAGAGCAAACCUCUCGCUCUGCCAUUACCACCGCGACUCUCAUUCGAGCUGCAUGGGCUCUGGUAGCCUCACAGUACACAAUGAGCGAUGACGUGGUCUUUGGCGAGACAUUUUCAGGACGCACACUCCGUCUCCCUGGCGUCGAGCAAAUUGAGGGUCCCAUGAUUGCCACUGUUCCCGUACGUGUGCGUAUCGACCGAUCCGCGCCCGUUCAAGAAUUCCUCCAAGGAAUCCAAGAACAAGGUCUCAUUAGAGCCGCGCACGAACAUCUGGGCAUGCAAAACAUCCGCCGCGUUAGCGGUGACGCCCAAUUAGCAUGCGAGGUGAAGAUGGGUCUGGUCAUUCAGCCCCGGCCAGCGGAAGGCUCAGAGGAAUCCGGAGAUGAGCUGCCGCCUUUCCGCGUUGAAGAUGCCGCUCACGAAGCGCUGCGAUUCAACUCUUACCCACUCAUGCUUGCCUGUUCGCUACGCUCAGAUGGCUUUGAAGUCACGGCUAGCUUCGAUUCAAACCUCAUCACUGAGCCCCAGAUGCACCGAGUUCUCGCUCAACUCGAAUAUGUUGUCUCGCAACUCUGUAGUGAUGAUACGGUUCAGCUGAGCAAUAUCACCUGCAUGAGCAAGCUCGAGCUUGCCGAGAUCUGGCAGAGCAACACGAUCACAGAAUCUUCCACAACAGACGUCGCUAGUGUCUUACUUGAAGAGACGAAGGGUCUUACAACGGGAGAUCAGUACAAGACGGCAUUUGUGCCCUGGAUCGUGAACCCCUCCAAUUACAACCAACUCAUGCCAAUCGGAACCGUGGGUGAGCUCCUCCUGGAAGGCGUGGGUGAUGCCGCAAAUCUUGAUGCCCCCGAAUGGCUUACGAAGGGAACGGGCAGUGCUCAAGGCCGUAGCGUGAAGCUCUAUCAAACUGGUGACCUUGUCAAGUAUUCUGAUGACAAGAGUCUGAUUUUCAUGGGCCGCAAGGAAAGUCUCCGCAAAGUUGACGGCCAUGUGAUGGACUUGGCCGCAGUGGAUCUCCAACUCCGACAAUGGCUUCCGGAAAAUUCCCACGCUGUCAGUCAACUGAUCGUGCCUAAGGACUCGGGCAACCAAUCACCAGCGUUGGUUGCAUUUGUGAGCGAGCCUUCUCUGAAGGAAGGCCGAGUAGUUGACCUCGGCCUCAAGAAUCUGAGUGUAGACCUUCCAGUUUCUGCUGUUAUCUCCUCUGAACUCGCGGAUUCUAUUGUAAGCUUGAACAAGAAGCUCGCUGACGUCCUCCCGCCUUACAUGAUUCCUUCUAUCCACAUUCCUCUCGAAAAUUUGCCAUACCUUGGUGAACAAGUUGACCUUGAGUCGCUAAAGAAAAUGGCCGAGCAUGUCACUCAAGAUCUGUUAUUGCAGCUGCGAACUGCUUUCACGAACCUCCGCUCAGGCCGGGGCAAGCAAAUGACCAUGAAAGAACGAGCGCUGCGAGGCCUUUGGGCGAAGUCUCUUGGCAUGGAAGAAGAAAAGCUGGCACUUGAUGACAACUUCUUCCGACUUGGUGGUGAUUCUAUCAUGGCUAUGAAGCUGGUCUCCGCUCUGCGUCUGGUCGGGUAUCAUCUGUCUGUGACAGAUAUAUUCCGCAACAUGCAAUUGAGUUCCAUGGCCGGCGCUUUGGAAGAGGUGUCUUUGGACGGUGAGCGGGUAAUGAAGGAAUACAAGCCUUUCUCGAUGAUCAAGGCUAGUGAUAUUAAAGAGUAUUUGUCGAAGAACAUCGUGCCUGCUCUUGCCGAUGCAGCAUGGGAGGUUGAAGAUGUGCUUCCCGCCACAGAUCCCCAGCAGCGCGAUAUGGAGACUACUGUCUCCAAGCCUCGGAGUGCCGUUCAGUAUAACAUGCUCUACUUCAGCAAGGAUGUCGAUAUGACUCAUUUGUUGGAGAGCUUCCAGAAGCUUGUCUCCGCUCACCCCAUCCUACGCACCGUCUUUGUCAAAGAGGGUAGCCGUAUCCUGCAGGUUGUGCUGAAAGACCUGAAGGUGCAGAUCUCCGAAGAUACCACCGAAGAUCCCGUAACGGACUUCUGCAAGAAGGUAGCAAAGGAAGACAUUGAAGACGACUCCUACUUCAACCUCGGCACAUCGUCCCUAAAACUCUUCGUCAUUCACGGAACCGAGCAAAACGCACUUAUGAUCCGAAUUUCCCACGCCCAGUACGACGGAAUAUCCUUCCCAGAAAUCCUCCGCCAGCUCGAGCUCCAAUACGAAAACAAGGAACUCGAAACCUCCUCAGCUCCCUUCCACAACUACAUCCAAUACCAAUCCGAGUCCAAGCUUGAGAACAUCCAAUACUGGCGUGAGGUACUACAGGGCUCAUGGUUAACUUCUCUCCCGCCGGCAGAGUCCACCAGCACACCGAAAUUCAUCAAUAAAGAAGUUGACCUCUCGUCCCGAUCCCCGGAUACAACUAUGGCAACGCUCCUCACAGCAGCCUGGGCCCGCGUUUUAUCCAACCACCUAAGCACAGACGAUAUCACCUUUGGCGGCGUCGUUUCCGGCCGAACGAUCGACUUACCCGACGUUGACAAGAUCAUGGGCCCGACGUACCAGUACAUGCCACUUCGCGUCAAGUUCGAAUCCGGAUCGAGCGUGAAAAAUCUUCUAUCUGGCGUACGUGAUCAAUUCCUGGAGGGAAGUCGCCAUGCUACGCUAGGCUUCCAGGAGAUUUCGGACAAUUGUACGAGCUGGUCGCCAACGAUCCCAUUCUUCUCGAGUAUUGUUCACCAUCAUGAUAUCGAGUACUUCGAUACGAUCCCCUUUGCCGGGACUGAGUGUGGUGUUGAUUAUACGAAUCCGCACCCUGAGGCUGCGGAUACGAUCCGUGUUACUUCGUACACCGAGGGGGGCAAGACGUUUGUUGGGAUUGCGGCUGAUGAGGAGAGGGGGGUGUUUUGGGAGGAGAGAUUGAGUGAGUUGGCGAGUGUUAUUGAGGGGUUGGUGAAUGAUCCUGAGGCUUUGAUCUAA